AUUCAGAUGGGCGGCUACGAAGAGAGCAAUAUUGUGGUAAUACGAUCCCAUCCGCCCUCACUCAUUUGGCGAGUUCCCGAAGACAGGCAAUCGGCACCUCCGAUAACAGCCAGGCUGGAGUGGAGCGGACGGAGAGUUUUGGAAUUUGCGAUUUGAGCUAAGCAGGUACCAGGUUAUGUUCUUUUUUUACGUUUUACUACUUCAGCUGCUUCUAACACUCCUUGCAUUUCCUCACUGUUCAAGACAAUUAAAGGAAUCAGAGGAUGCGGUGAAAGGAGUGUUCAUCUCAGCAGAGAAAGCCAAUUUCUUUAUUGGACGGCAUCUUCUAUACAACAGAUUUGACUUCGAACUAGUAACCAAAGGGGAUCUUGAAAGAGAAUGCUAUGAAGAACACUGUAAUUAUGAGGAAGCAAGAGAAAUUUUUGGUGACCAAGAAAAAACAAUGCUCUUUUGGAAAGAAUAUGUCAUUAAAGGUUCUGGUGCAAAGACAGGUGCACAAGGAAUACAGAAGAUUGAUGUUAUGGGGCUUUUGACGGGCCUGGUUGCAAUUGGAGUGCUGUUGGUUAUAACUGGACUACUUAUUUAUUAUCUCUGCCAAACGAGGUGCAAACAAAGACAAUUACCACGGCACACAAGCUGCAGGAGUCAUAACUCUUCCAUCAUCUUUCAAAGACAUGAAGAAUUUCCCUUAAACCCUCUCCCGCAAUGCACAGAACAGAUUGGAUUACCAACUUAUGAACAAGCAAUAGCACUAAGAGGCAAUCAUGAUGCUCUACCCCCACCAUAUCCAGGCCCUUCAAGAGGGUUUAAAGUGUUCAAGAAGUCUGUCUCUCUUCCUGGUCCUUAAUAAGCAUGGCUUGUGAAAUGGUUGCAAAUUAACUUGGCUAAAAGAAUAUGUAUAGUUGCAAAUUAACUUGGCUAAAAGAAUACGUAUAGCUGGAAUGUUGCAGUAUUGUGCUCACUUCAGGAGUCUUUCACAGUGUGAAAGGGAUACAACUCUUCAGUGUGCCUAAGAGGAAGUGAAGUGUGUCAGGUGAACAAGGAAAGCAUCUGUCAGGUGAACAAGGAAAGCAGUGUUCUGAUGGCUAAGGAUGAAAGACUCCUUUUGUUAUGCUUAUUUUUAGGUGCUAAGAACUGUAGGGGGCCUGGCUCCUGUGCAUUUUGAGCCAAUCAAUGCAAUCAGUAAAUUGAUAAGCCAGCUUUCCUGUCUCUCAAAAAUGUCAUUUUCAAUUUUAAAAAAGUUGCUCUUGUUUUUUUAAUUACCAAUUAAAAUCAGUGAUGAAGUGCAGAUGAUAGUAUGAAAUAACACAGGAUCCUUGCUUUGAACUAUUUUUAAUCAUGAUACAAAGAAGAGCUAGUAACAGGUAAAAAUUGAAUGUUUUUCUAACUCUGUACAACUUAAACUAUGUUUCUUAGACUAACAGUAACUAAUCUUCAAUUUAGUGGUUUGAUAGCAAAAGACUCUACAACUGAAAUUCUGUGUCUAUCCUUUCUUUUUACUUGUCUCUCAGUGCCCAUUACAUUAUGAAUCUUAAGGCCUGUUUGAUCUAUGUGAUAAGAAUUGAUCUGCUCUAUCAGACCAAAGGUUAGUUUGGUUCAUCAUUCUGUUUUUAGAAGCAGCUACCAGUUGACUAUGGGAAGCUCGCAAGUAUCUCCCAUAGCCUGAUCUUGCCAUCUGGUAAUCUAGAACGAAGAGACAGGACAAUUUACUUAUCUAUAUAAAUACUAUAGACUUGUAUCCCACUCAGUUCAACGGAUUUAACUAAAUCAUGACUUAACUUAAGUUCAUUAAUUUCAGUAAGUCUGCUCUCCAUAUGACUUAGUUGGAUACAACUCACUGUUGCAAUGUUUCACUCAGGCCAAUUUAAAUUAAGCCCUAAAAGGUCAAGGCACUUUAGCAAACAGCUUCUGAACAUCUUGGCCUGUGAUACUAUUGCAGCAAAUCAAAUCUGGCUUGCAAAACAGGACAGGGGAUGUUUUAACACUGCUUGUUUAAAAAUACAAGUAAAAACUUCAGUGCAAAAGAGUCAUUAAAAUUCUUAGUAAAGCUGAUAGUUUUAAGAGAAAGUGAGUAGAAUCCUAAUCUAAUGAAAUCAGUGGGAAAUUUUCCAUUGACUCAAAGCAUGUUAGGAUCAUUGUAAAGUUAAGAUAUUAUAUACUGCUAAAGAAGGAACAGGGAACCCUAUACAGAUGCUACACACAUUUGGGCAAUUUGCUAAACAGAUUAUAAAGACAAGGAUUUCCCAAGGAUUACUUUUUUUAAUGUAACAUAAUUCUGGUUUGUAGAAAUACUCUAUUUUUUAAAAAAUCACUUGUUCUUGCCUGUCUAUCUCUUUCAUAUGAUACAUAGACAAACAUAAUGUCAAGAAAUAUCAGACAGUGGCGCUGAUCCAGAGAUCACAUGGAAAUAUAAUGCCUCUGGAGUGGGGCUUUUAACUUUGAAGAGUAUCACCCCUAUGACAUAGUAGAAAUUUAUAUACUAACUAGAGGCUGUUUCUAAAAUGCUUUUUGAUGCCUCUCUGGAAUCUAAUUCGGCAGGGUAUGAUCUCUCACUCCAUCUCUUAGUGUUAUAAGUCUUCUCCUACUGGGAAGAUAA